GGGGUCGGCCGAGGACUUUGGGCCACAGCGUAUUUAGAGUUCCUUGUACGCGCCUGCUAAUAGCCAAGACCCGCAGCGACCACUGCGAGCGGACGGACCCAUACCUAAGAGGGCGGAGUCAUAAAUACCAUGCGUUCCGCAAGAGCGCUGCGGCGGUGCCUCACCACAACGAAGGACUGGCGCGCCGUAGCCGAACGCGAAGCCAAGAAGGCCGGCACGACCCUCGAUGCCCUCACGUCAACGACGAAAGAAUCGCUGGAGAUACAACCGUGCUACUUCGGGGCCGACGACGAAGCCGCCCCCGGCGUCUUCCCCUACCGGCGAGGCGCCUACGCGACGAUGUACGCGGCCAAGCCCUGGACCGUGCGCCAGUACGCCGGCUUCAGCAGCGCCGAGGAGUCGAACGCUUUCUAUCGCAACGCCGUGAGAGAAGGCCAGCAAGGAUUGAGCGUGGCGUUCGAUCUACCUUCUCAUAGAGGUUAUGAUUCAGACCAUCCUAGAGCGCAGGGUGAUGUCGGAUUAGCCGGCGUGCCCGUCGACACGGUCGAAGAUUUCCGGACGCUCUUCGACGGGAUCGAUCUGGGAAAGAUGUCCGUGAGCAUGACCAUGAACGGCGCGGUCCUGCCGACGCUCGCGAUGUUUAUCGUAGCGGCAGAAGAGUCCGGCGUAUCGCCAGAAAGGCUGAAGGGUACGAUCCAGAACGAUAUACUGAAGGAGUUCAUGGUCCGCAACACGUACAUCUACCCGCCGGGGCCCUCAUUACGAGCGACGGUCGACAUCAUGGGCUUCUGCGCGGGUCAUCUCCCGAAGUUUCAUUCUCUGAGUGUGUCGGGCUACCACAUGCACGAGGCCGGCGCCGACGCUGCUACCGAAUUAGCUUUUACGAUUGCCGAUGGGCUGGAGUACGUGCGCGUCGCGCGUGAGGCUUCUUUAGAUUUAGAUGCGGUCUGCUCCCGGUUGUCCUUCUUCUUCGCCAUGGGCAUGGACCACCACGUCGAGAUCGCCAAAUUGCGAGCAGCUAGGCAGCUCUGGGCCGAAGAACUUAAAAAGAGGCACGGCGACGUCUUGACGAGUGAAAAGGCGUUCGUGCUACGGACCCAUGUCCAGACGUCGGGGUAUUCAUUAACAGCCCAAGAUCCCCUCAACAACGUCGCGAGAACGGCCCUCGAGGCGCUGGCCGCGGUGCACGGCGGCGCGCAGUCCCUGCACACGAAUUCGUAUGAUGAGGCCCUCGCGCUGCCGUCCGAUGGCGCCGCGCGCGUCGCGCGGGACACGCAAUUACUGCUACAGAAGGAGAGCGGCGUGUGUCGGGUGGCGGACCCGUGGGGCGGCUCUUUCUUCAUGGAGGCGUUGACUGACGAGUUACUGGUGAAAGCGAGGGAGAUCCUGGCCGCGGUCGACGUGACUGGUGGCAUGCUUGAACAUGUUCAAUCGGGAGAAGCGAAAAGGCGCAUCGAGGCGUGUGCCGCUAGAACGCAGGCGCGCGUCGAUUCUGGGGAAGACAUUGUCGUGGGCGUGAACGACCGGACUUCCAGCAGUUCGGACGUCGACGUGCGCAUCGUCGACAACUCCAAAGCCCUGGCGAAGCAGCUCGCGCGACUGCAGAAGGUUCGGGAGACGCGUGAUUCAAAACGGUGCGCCGAGGCUCUGGAUGCGCUACGACGGAGCGCCGCCCUCGAGCGGUCGACGGCGUCGUUUGCCGACGAAGACAACCUCGUGGCGCGUGCCAUCGAAUGCGCGAGAGUACGGUGCACGCUCGGCGAGAUGUCGGACGCGCUCCGGGACGUCUGGGGCGAGCACCACGCUCUGCCGACGGCCGCGGUCGGCUCCUACGCGGCCGCGGCGCCCGACGGCUCGUUGGAUGCGUUGCGGGAGGAGUGCCUCCAGUUUGAAGAAAGAGAGGGUCGGCGGCCGAAAGUCUUAAUUGCGAAGGUCGGCAUGGACGGCCACGAUCGGGGAGCGAACGUCGUGGCGGCCGGGCUCGUGGACCUGGGCUUCGAGGUCGUGUCCGGGCCGCUCUUCGCGACGCCGGAGGAGGUCGCGGCGAUGGCCCUCGAGCACGAGGUGCACGUCGUCGGAGUGUCGACGAUGGCGGCCGGCCACCGCGUGCUCGUGCCGCGCGUCGUCGAGGCGCUGCGCGGCGCGCCUAUUGCUGUGGUCGUCGGGGGCGUCGUGCCGGAAUCGGAUAGAGCUGCUCUGCACGCGGCCGGCGUCGCGGCGGUCUUCGGGCCGGGGUCGACGCUGCCCGACGUGGCCAGAGUGCUCCUGAAGGAGUGCGAGAGCGAGCGCGAGGCCGUGGCCGCAGCUGUCGAGUACUAAGUUUUGUUUACGU